AUGGGUAAAAUAGAAACAGUAAAAGGAAGUAAGAGACAUGACCCUUUGGGUAAACAAAUUCAAGAAUCAGAUAAUCAACAUAAACAACAAAGACAUCGUACAGGAAAAGGUGCAAUCAAAAAGAAGUUGGGAGAGAUUAGAGAAGAUGAAUAUGUAGAUGAAGAAGAAAAGGUCAUUUCAAAGCAACUCUCUAAAAAGAUUCUUUCUCAGAUUCGUCAACAAGCAAUCGAAGUGGAAGAAGAAGAUCGUCGUGAUCGUCUUUCAACUGCUGUCAGCAGAGGAGAUGACCAACAAGGAAUGGUUGAAGGACGCGACGGUGAAGAGGACAUUGAUGAUCAAGAUAGAAUAUUGUUAGAGAAUGUAAAGAAUCAAAAACCAUUGCUCUCGUUUGACGAUUUGGAAGAUGAAGAUGGUGAUUUGGAAGAAGAUCUCUAUGACCAAGGUGAUUCAAAGAGUGUUGGUGGUUUUGGAGAUGAUAGUGACACUGAAAGCAGAUACGGUGAAUAUAUGCGUACAGAAGAGGAAGAAGCAUUGGACGAAGAAGAUGAACGUAUCCUCCAAAUGUUCAUGGGACAAGGUCAAGGUGAAGGUGGUGUUGGACACAAGGCAGGUGUACGAUUUACUCUUGGUCAAUUGAUCGAGGCCAAGCUCAAGGAACAAGAAGAAAAGGAAUCAAUGGUAAAAGAACCAAGACAAAAGAUGAAUCCAAAGGUAUUGGAAGUCUACAAAAAGGUUGGACAGAUGCUAGCACAUUAUCGUAGUGGAAAGGUUCCACGUGCCUUUUGUAUUCUCCCAAAUUUCACAAACUGGGAGGAUCUCAUCUAUUUGACACGUCCCGAUCUCUGGACUCCACAUGCAGUCAGAGAAGCCACCAAGAUCUUUGUCAUGUCAUCAAAUGCACGUCAAACACAACGUUUCCUCUCACUAGUCUUAUUGCCUCGUGUCCGUGACAAUAUCGCCGAGUUCCGUAAACUAAAUUUCCAUCUCUAUAUGGCACUUAAAAAGUCAUUGUAUCGUCCACAAGCCUUUUACAAGGCAAUCUUUUUACCACUCGCCGAGGAAGGUGAUGCCACUCUUCUCGAGGCAAAGAUCAUCGCAUCUGUCGUAAAAAAGGUCUCUGUUCCAGUGAUUCACUCGAGUGUUGCUUUGUUAAAGUUGGCACAAAUCCCCAAAUACAAUGGUGCCACCUCUCUCUUUAUCAUGACACUCUGUGAUAAAAAGUAUUCUCUUCCACUGCGUGUUGUCGAUUCUCUUUACCAACACUUUAUAUCAUUUGUCGAUGAACGUAGAGACCUUCCUGUCUUGUGGCACCAAUCUCUCCUCAUGUUUGUCCAACGUUACAAGAAUGAUAUUAAACCACAACACAAAGAGAAUCUCAAAAUUUUGCUCCGUAAUCAAUUCCAUCAUCAAAUUACCAAUGAGAUUAGAAGAGAGUUAUUUAACAAUCAAUCAUCCCAACAAUCGGAAAAUAAAAUGUCAAUGGACUAA